GCUUCCCUUUGUUUUUCUUCUUAGUGUCACAUAGCGAAUAAACGUGGAAAACAUCUUGGUUGCUUGGGUUCAGACGUGAACAAUCUCAUCAAGAACAUGCGAAAUCUCUCCCAGAUUUUACACAUCUUUUCGUUUUCGCCAGUCUGAAAGCCUCGAUUUUCAGAUCAUUGUUUGUUUACCCACCGACAAGUGAAUCCAGAUCGUGCAAUCGAAUCUAUGAGCGCGUGAAUCAGUGGUCUGAUGCAUCUAACGAUGGCGCCCCCACGGAGUCUGACCAGAGAUGAGGAGUGCGGGGCGGUGUCGGAGGACGAUGAUUCGCCGUCGGGGAAGCGAUCUAAAAUGGAGCGAUUCCCGCUAAGUCGGUGGGAAUUGGCGGUGUCGAUCGGUGUCUUCUUCGUCUUCUCCAUCGGACUCUUAUGUAUCUACCUCACCAUGCCUGCCCCCGAGUUCGGAAAGCUCAAGCUACCGAGAACUAUCGCCGAUCUCCGAUUGCUCAAAGAAAAUCUAGGAAGCUACGCGAAUGAAUACCCGGCGCAGUUCGUACUGGGGUACUGCACCACCUACAUUUUCAUGCAAACCUUCAUGAUACCCGGAACUAUCUUCAUGUCGCUGUUAGCUGGAGCUCUCUUCGGGGUUGUUCGAGGAGUUUUCCUCGUUGUUUUCAAUGCUACGGCCGGAGCUUGUUCCUGCUUCCUUUUGUCGAAGUUGAUCGGACGCCCAGUGGUUUCUUGGCUGUGGCCUGAAAAGUUGAGAUUCUUUCAGUCGGAGAUCGGGAAACGUAGAGAUAAGCUACUGAACUACAUGUUGUUUUUGAGGAUAACACCGACGCUGCCAAAUCUUUUUAUCAAUUUGGCAUCUCCGAUAGUUGACAUUCCCUUCCAUGUGUUCUUUUUGGCAACGCUUGUCGGGCUCAUCCCCGCUGCUUAUAUUACUGUCAGAGCUGGUCUUGCUCUUGGAGAUCUCAGGUCGGUGAAGGAUCUGUAUGAUUUCAAAACGCUGUCAGUGCUCUUCCUCAUCGGCUUGAUCUCCAUAGUUCCAACAAUACUGAAAAGAAAGAAGAUAUACGAAUAGCCAAAACCUAACCCUUCAAUGCCAACCCCUCAGAGAUAUUCGAUUCUUUGUGGUUUCUCCUCGUUGAAGAGGAAACAUGGUAGAAAGCAGAGACCGGAUUUUAUUUCCAAAGAGAAGAAUUUAACCUUAAAAACACAGGUUAUUGGCUCUUGUUUGUGUGUAGCAUCACCACCCGUGCUGUAUGCGGUGAAGAAGACAUUCAAGUCUCAAGAGACAAGAGUGGAGGCCAUCGCAACCAGGGAGGUUUAUUAUCUGAUUCGUUCGGCCCGUUCUCAAUGGGCCAAAUCAUACUCCAUACAAAUAUAAUCCAUAGUUAUGAAACACCCAUGGGCCUUUAACACUCGUCGUUAAAUAAAAUAUUA